AUGGGCAAACAACCUCAUCAUCUAUCAGAAUUUAUAAUCAUGCUUGAUGAACAAGCAAAUAAAAGCAAUAAAUUUUCUAUCUGUCAAGAACAUGUAUUAGGUUAUUCUUAUAAAGAAGCAUAUAAUAAUAAGUUUGCAAACAUACAAAAACUUGUUUGCCAUCAUUUAAAAAAUUGUAUAUAUUUUAAACAAAAAUAUAAUAAAUCUGAACAAGCAGAAAUUUUAGCUAAAUUAGAUAAAGUUGUUUUAGCAACUAAUAAUUCUUUUCAAAAAAGUAUCGAUGAUAAUUCUGCUACUGGAUCAGAGGUUUCUUUAGCUACUAGCUCUCUUCAGUCAAAGUUUCAACAUAAAAAAAUAAAAUAG